AAAAUUAAAUAAUCAAAUAAAUCCCUCUAUUUCUCACUACUCCCGCAGCAGAAUCUCCCGCCGCCCUCCACCGCCAUUACAUCCUCCUCCCGCCGCCGCUUCUUUCUAAUUACACUCCAGAUCCGAAUUUUCACUUACAGAAUGUCACACAGUGAUACAAUUCCCUUACACUCCACCUCCCAAUCGGACAUCGACGAGAUCGAGAAUCUCAUCAACUCCCCAUUUUCUUACUUUGUUGUCACUCAGUCUGAAGUUUUCGCGGUUGCAUUUGCACUACUUGCAGCAGGUGCUGUAAUUCUGACCUUGAAUGUGUUGCUGUUGGGAGGUCACAUUAUCUUCUUCCAGAGCCUGAGUCUUCUAGGCUACUGUCUUUUCCCGCUAGACAUCGGUGCCUUAAUUUGCAUGUUAAAAGAUAAUGUGUUAGUCAAAGUGGUCGUGGUUGCUGUGACAUUGGCUUGGAGCUCGUGGGCUGCAUAUCCUUUCAUGAGUAGUGCUGUCAAUCCGAGGAGGAAAGCUCUCGCACUUUACCCCGUCUUACUUAUGUAUGUGUCUGUUGGUUUUCUCAUCAUAGCCAUAGACUGAUGCAACAAUUAUAUGGCUGUUAUAGUACCGUACCACUUCAUUAUUUGAUCAGAUUCUGGACAAAACUAUCGGCGUUCGAAUUUUUUAGCAAUACUUUCUUGAUUUCGAGUUUUGACUGAACUAUAUGUAAUGGCAGUUGUAUAUAACUUUUUGUUUGGGGUAUAAAUUCGUGUUCUGUAUCUUGUUAAACCAUUGCUGGCGUGUAGUCGACUUCUCAAUUGUACCUUCAUUUUCCUAGAAGUUUAUUGGUUGGUCCAUAAAUCUUA